AUGAGAGUAUUAAAAACACACCCUUUUAUAAGUAUAGUUAACAACAUGUUAAUUCAAUUACCUGCUCCAUCAAAUUUAUCAUAUAUGUGAGGAUUUGGUUCAUUAUUAGGAUUAUGUUUAAUAAUUCAAAUAUUAACAGGUAUAUUUUUAGCAAUGCAUUAUUGUGCUAAUGUGGAUUUAGCUUUUGCAUCAGUAGAACAUAUCAUGAGAGAUGUUAAUGCUGGAUGAUUAUUAAGAUAUAUACAUGCUAAUGGAGCUUCAAUGUUCUUUAUAAUGGUAUAUAUGCAUAUAGCUAGAGGUUUGUAUUAUGGAUCAUAUACUGCACCUAGAAUUUUAUUAUGAAAUAUAGGUAUAAUUAUUUUAAUAGUAAUGAUGGCUACAGCUUUUAUAGGAUAUGUUUUACCAUGAGGACAAAUGAGUUUUUGAGGUGCCACAGUUAUUACUAACUUUAUUACAGCUAUACCUUUUAUAGGUAAGGAUAUUGUAGAAUGAGUUUGAGGAGGUUUUUCAGUAAGUAAUGCUACUUUAAAUAGAUUUUUUAGUUUACAUUAUUUAUUACCUUUCGCAUUAGCUGGAUUAGCAGUAGCUCAUUUAAUAGCUUUACAUGAACAUGGUUCAAAUAACCCAAUAGGUGUUGAUAGUAAUAUAGACAAAGUACCAUUUCACCCUUAUUAUUCAGUAAAAGAUGUAUUUGGUUAUGUAUUAUUUACAAUAUUUUUUGCAUUUUUUAUUUUUUUUAUUCCAAAUUACCUUGGUCACAGUGACAAUUAUAUUCCUGCAAAUCCCUUAGUGACACCGCAACAUAUUGUCCCUGAAUGAUACUUUUUAUUCGCAUAUUGUAUUUUAAGAGCAAUACCGAAUAAAUUAUUAGGAGUAAUUGCCUUAUUUGCUUCAUUAGUUGUAUUGGCUGUAUUGCCGUUUACUCAUACAAGUAAAAUUAGAAGUAUGAGAUUUAGACCAAUUGCUAAAGUAUUCUUCUGAUUCUUUGUAGCGGAUUUUAUUAUAUUAAGUUAUUUAGGAGGACAACCAGCUGAAGAUCCAUAUAUUAUUAUUGGACAAUUAGCUACUGUUUUCUAUUUCUCUUAUUUUAUAAUAAUAACACCUUUAAUUGGUAUAUUAGAAAAUAAAUUAUUUAAAUUAUAA